AUGUGUCAUGUUUCUCUGUCCUUUAUUGGUGAAGAUAUCAAAUUCCACUCGAUCAUCCUACACCUAUCGGCAACAUCCUGUAUAGGCGAUGUCAGCCUCACAGCGACAAACAGUGGCCAAUCCAUGCACACGAGGUUCAUGCCAGAGGGCUGUGAACAGGGGCAAGAGUACGAGCAGCGAGCUCAAGCCUCUGAGCCUGAGCCAAGGACUAAGUGGUGCCGAAUUUCGACCCAUAACUAUGUGCCACCGUCGGGCUCUGUCCCUACUGGUGCGCCAGCCCCUUCUAGUAUCGCUGUCCAGGAAGCUGUGGCUGCCUCUUCACGCUUGGAGACCCACGUGCCUUCAACGAGUGCUGAACCUGCUCCACAGGAAAGGGUGGGCUCUUACGCCAACCCAGCCCCUAGCCUUUGGCAGCAAACACCACCGGGUGCGAUUGUCGCUAACCUCCAUCGCGAUGGCCAGGCAGCUGCUGCUGCCCAGCGGAAGCUUGCUGCUGUGCAGGCUAAGAGCAUCGUUAAGAAGCUCUCAGUCUGUUUACUGUUGUGGACGAAGAUAUCUCAGGCUGGCGACGAGUCGACGACAUACAAGAUUUCUGUCGAACCUCAUGCCCCUAUCAUGUUAUCAGCAUAUCCGCACAUCGUCGAUGCUCUUGCACCUCCCCAUCUUCCUGAGUCCUUACCAUCUGUGCCCGAUACUCCCCGCGCACCUGCAACCGAUCCUUCGUCUGCUCCAGGUCCUCCGGUGCCCAGCCCUGCUCUCUGUGUUGAGGUCUUUGAUCCUGCACUUUCUCGCUGGGUCGUCACUGCUGUCAGCGAUAGUCUUGGUGUCGAUCUUGGGUCUCGCAAGGCCGAAGUCCUCCUUCGCGCAUGGGCCCCGAACCGCAAGCUUACCAAUGUGGACUGUCCAGGGCUCGCAGGGCAUCUUGAGCGCCUGUACGGUAUCCGCUGUUCCACCGAUGGUUCGUAUGAGCGCAAGCGGGCUGCCUCUCCACCAGCUGCUACUUCCAGCAGCAAGCGGAUUCGCCUUGCUUCCGACCCGCUCCCAAUCGCUCCUAUGAACGCUCGAAGCCCAGCUCGUAGGGCCACAACCUACUCUGGCCAUGCUGCGUCGUCGCCCGGUCCGAUCCUACACGAUACUGGCCGGAGUCUGCUUCGCUUUCAUCAACCCAGUAAUCCCCAGCCGAUUCCCUCCUCUUUCUAUCUAUCGCUGAACGACUUGCCGACCAUUGACGAGGAGUCUGAUCAUGAGGGAACACCGAGUACGACUAGCGCCGAUAUCGAGCAAGAUGGUCCUGCGAGCCUUGCCAGUGUGGCCAUGGACAGCAGCGAUGCCAGUGUGCUCUUCCCAUCCCGCUAUUACUUCGCCGACAUCUACCAUGGUGCAAAGCGAAUCGACGAACUCCACACGGCGAGUGGCUUGUCCAUCCGAGAUGCCUUCGCAGAGGUCUUUCCGAAGGCGCGCUAUGCGGAAUCAACGUGGACAGCUGCUAAGCGAGUCCUCCGCAAGGCGACCAAGGCCGAGUGUGCAGAAUGGCUUGCGAAGGGCAAGACAGCCAGCACUUUGUUUACCAACUUUCGGAGUAUCGUACAGGCACGGCAGCACGAGCGACCCCUGCCCCGCAGUGCUCGGCGAGGGCAGACUCUUCCACCUUCUACACCCGGCUCCCCGAUGGUCGUACUAGGCAAUGUCCCACCAGUCGAGAGCCAUGGCCUGUCUGCCCCUCUGGGCGAGCGAAGCACCAGUGUCGAUGUGCAGCAAGGCGAACCUCAGAGCAGUCAUCGCCAACCUGCCGAGACUGCAUCUUUGCAGGUCGGCGAACAUGUGCCUGCCAACACAAAUCUGCCCGUCGAUGCGACUCUGCCGACGAUUGGCACAAAUCCGAGUCUGCCAGCAAUCGGCACGAGUCUGCCAGCAACCGACACGAAUCUGCCAGGCGAUGCGAACAUGUGGGACGACUUUGCAAAAUGGCAAAUGCUCACGAACCUGCAGGCCGGCACGACUUUCCUCGCAGACUCGCCGAUUGAAGACCAGAUUUUUGGAGCCCAUGCUAGCCAACAAGUCGUACCUGCAGCUCUUUCUCAACCAGGUGCUCCCUAUUACUCGUUCCCAAUCGACCCAGGCUUUCGCUUCGACCCAUUGCCUAGCUCAUCUGUUAUCGACCCUCGUCUUACUGAGGCAGCCGAUGCAGAACUGGCCCACUAUGUCCAAUCUGGGGCCACCACUGGCGACUCGGAAUCGUUUGAUACCAUUCCCUAG